UUGAUAUCCAGACAUCGCAGCAAGAGGUCGCCACUAACUUACACACUGUGUUUUGUUUUGUCUCCGUGAUAAAUGUAUUAAGCAUGACAAUAAAGUGGUCGUGGGUGCUGGUCGCCCUCGUAGUCGCCAGCGCGAGCUGCGAAAGGGAGCGCAGAGGGUCAUCUCUUCGCGGCGCUCUGGAGGCUCUGCAACGACGACAACGGGGACGCAGCCAUGGCCCAAUAAUGCCUCCACCUGACUACGAGGACAUCUACGAGUAUCUGCCUCCACAUGCAUAUCCAGAAAACGACUACGUUAUAGAUACGGAAGAUACUGUCGAGAGUGCUCCAAAAUACAUCUUUGAACUUUUGGAUGACGAAAACGAACGUUCUCCAGAAGGUGCCUACGAAUAUAAAGUAAUCAAAAAGAAAACCCACCCUAAUUCCUUAAAAAAAGAAUCAGCGUUUCGUGAAAGGACCCAAAAUUCCGAUAAUGACGUACUUCGGAACAUAUUCAUGAACCCGAACAAUGAAGACGAUAAAAUGCAAGAUCGAGCAGAGAAUGAUGCUGAAUAUGCGCUCCUCUUAAAUCAAUUAUGGUCUAAAUAUAAACAAAAUAAUAACAAUGUACGAGCUGAUAAUACAGAGGCACCCCAAGGUGUAGUCAAAUUGUACAAGGAAAAAGUUGUCAAAAAAAGGUACCCCGACAACUGGGGACCCAUCGCAUUUAAAAAGAAACGUAGUUCCGACUUAGAAGAGGAACGAUUAAAUUAUGAAGAGUCCAAAAAUCGUGUUGAUAACGUAAAUCACAAUUACAAUGCAUAUGACGUAGCGGAUAAUGAUAACAACGAUAUGCAAGAAGAGUAUGCAAUCGCUUUCCAACCAAUAGACGAUGACAGACUAUCAGAAAUUUUAGAUGAUGAUCAGUAUCCUUAUGAUGCGAUUGAAAAACGCUUUCCAGUCACGAAGCGUAGCAGUGGACCCUACAUAAGCCCACAACAGAAAAGAUUUGCGCCCAAUCAAAGCAAACGAGAUUUACCAAAAACAUUUAGAAGUAACACUGGAACCGAUCCAAAAGUCUUAAGAGAUCUGUCAAAAAUAUUUGGUGAACCUGAGUCUGAAAUCAUUAAAAACCCCGUAAAAAGAAGCAGCGAUCAUGAUGAAACCUCGCAUGAGAUGAAACCACCUAACCUCACUAUUCUAAGCCAUAAUGAAACACAUCAACACAAUGUUACGCAAGUUGAAGAGGACAGUCAUGAUCAUAGCCAUAUAAUUCAUCAUCCGGGCUUGUCUGGAAAGAAAAUUGAACAUGAUCACGACGACGACCAUGACCACGAACACGACCACGAACACGACCACGACCACGAACACGACCACAGUCACGGUCGCGGUCACGAUCACGAUCACGACCAUGCUCAUAAUCAUGAUCACAGCCACGGUCACGCUAAAAGUCAUGUUCAUGACCACGAUCAUAAACACGAAAAUGAUAAAGCUGAUAAACCUCUGAACAUCAAAAAGAAAUCCAUAGACUGGUCUGAUUAUUUUGGAGUUGACAAGCGUUUCAAGAAAUCUGUAUCAUUUGUUAAUGAUUUAAAUCAAGACAGGCUCAGGAAACAAUAUUUCGACAUAUUCAAUAAAGAGGUCAUCUAUCCUGUGAACUCCUUUCGUAAACACACAAACGUAAAGAGGAACUUCAUUCAGCCAAAACCAAACGAAGAGACAGAAAUUCAGAUAGAUCACACGCAGGCUGUUGCAAUUCGCAAUGACAAUAAACGAAACACUGCUCUAGACAACGAUUCUAAACUAGACAAUAUCGACAAGAAAUUGCGAAAUAUGGAAGGACUGAUCGUGGAUGAAGCUUUACACUACUCUAAUGUAGGCGAAAAACUGGAUUCAAAGGAAGAACAAGAAAUGAAAGAAAAAUUACUGUCUCGCUUGGCCGCCGCAUACAGCCUGGAGAAAAUGAGAAAAGCAUUAAAAGAAUUUAAGCAAAGCUUGCAAACACAGAAGGCAAUAAAUAUGAAACUGUCUACAGGUAAUGACGAGACAAAAACUAAAAGGGUUGCAGUCAAAAAAGAGAAAGCUAUUUCAACUACCAAUGAUGUUGCCAAUUACCUAAAAGACGAUGAUAAAAUUGAUGAUUUCCAAGACGAACAAGGUGCGGGACAUUAUUUAAAUGGAAAAAUAGAAGAACAGCUUUCGGAAGGUUACAUGGGUGGGAGCGGACGACAUCGUACACCAAUUAUGUCAAAUGUUGGUUCAACGGGCCCAUGUCCGGUUCUUGCAAAGAUUAUUCAAAGGUGCCGUGGUGUUGAUUUAUUGGCCGGAGAUCGAGGACAACUCUUCCUCACUCACUGCAGCCUUCAUCAAAUCUGCUACUUAUGUGGCGAAGCGGCACCGACAACUUGCGAUUUAGUUUUCCUAUCGGAAGCUGAUACUACUUGUGAAGGCGACAUGAAUUGCCAACGUGCGGCGCGCUCCACUUUGAUGGCUCUUCGAGAGCUGCACGACAACCUGACCGACGAACUGGACGGAGAAUGCGAGGCCAGCCCUUGCCUCGCUGCCACUUUAAAACUAAACAACGGUUGGCAAAGAGCACUCCGACGUUAGACAAUCGGUUGAAAUCAGUCACGAUGAUUUGAUCAUGGCAUGUUCGCAUGGUUUACCUAUGCCCGAAAAAACUUUUAAAAAAGUAGAUCGUUCUGGAUCAAUUCGAUGCCCAGAACAUUCGUAAAUGUUAUUUUAAAAUAUUAAGUAACAAACUGUUUGAGAAGAUUUUACGAUAGUUGUAUUUUUUCUAAAGAUCACCUUACUUAUGUGUACUUCACUAUUAUUAUCGUAAUGUUUUUAAAAACAUCCAUUCGUGUCUAACCAGCCAUAGACACGCAUGGAGUUGAGAAUGAUCUCAGUUAUUACUUGUACUAGGAAUAAUGAAUAUGGUAUUUAUGCGAAGAUCUAUGCUUUUGUUGUUUAAUGUAUUAAUGGCAUGUGCUGCGCGUCGUAUGAACAAUAUUGUAAGUACGUUUUAUCGAUUCUAUCUAAUGUCAUCUAGCUGUAUUCAAGUAUAAAUGGUUCAGCAUAAAAGAGGAAAUCUUUCAUAAAUUCGUAGAUGAUUAUGCGUGUAUUGAUAUGGUAAUUUUAUCGUUGUUGAAUAUUUACUUAUAAACUAUACAAUACUUGUUUUUAAUGUGUCGACGUAUGUCUAAGAUUUAACAUUAUUGAACAAUGUAAUUUCAAUAUUUAUCUUUGUGUAUGUGUGUUAUUAAAGUUAUCAAAUACUAUGUUAUUGGCUAUAUUUAUGUUUCUUAAAAAUGUUAUAUAUUCAGAAUGAAAUUUAAGAAGAAAAAUUCAAAGCUUUCUGACGAUUCUCGAAUGUGAUAUGAUCCAAAAAAUAUGUUAAAUGUUUCCGAAGGCUGUAGCACAACUUAGCUCUAGUGCACUUGUAGACUAUACUAGGACAAUAAAGAUAUAUCGCUUUCGUACGACUUUAUGUCACAAUUAGGCAAGACGUCUGUCUAUCGUUAUUAAAUAUCCAUUUCAUGUCUUCCGAAUAUUGGCAAACAUAAAGACUAUAAAUCGCGCAGUUAAAUCAUAAUAAAUUUAAACAAAUGAAGCCAUUCUCAUUCAAAAAUUGAAUAAAAAAAUUGAAAUCCUUAUGUACAACUACGAACAAUCUACAACUUACUGCAAAAUUGUAUUAUUCAU